AGUUGCUCUCGAGCACUCCACAAGUCAACAUCCAGUUUUUUCUCCGUUCAGUUUUCCCUUUAAAUCGCUCGUGUUUGUGUGAUAUCAUUGAUAAAAGUUUGUUAUUUUCAGUAGGAAUUGCUCUUUUUAUUCGCGAAAAAGAGAGUAUGCAAUUCUAAAAGUUCGAAAAAAUUGAAAAUGCAUUUGUGAAGGACUCUUUUUUUCCUAUUUUGAUAAAAUCCAGUUGGUGAGGUAUAUCAAAGGAAGAUUGAAAGUAAACAGUUGGGGAAGUUUAUGGGUUGCAAGUGAGGAAGAAUUAUUAUUCAUAGCAAUUUAGCAAAGUGAAUUAAUGAGACAAGUUGAACAUUUUGGUCUUAUGUACAUUUUCCACAAGUUUAAUUGUCUUUUUGUGCUCCUGCAUCUUUGUGCAUCUGUUCAAUAUAAAUUAGCGCUUCCAGAAAAUUUUGUGUAACACUUUCCUCCAUGGGAUGCACCGAUUUUAUAUUGGGCGGUUGGGGGAGAUUGGGAAAAGUGCUCAUCGCUCUGGAAAAGACGUGCUUCUGUGGCUAGGGAAGACAUGUGCUAGUUUAGAAGAUGAAAUGUGUAAACACUUGCUCUCUCACACUUUUCUCCAUCUUCCAGUCAAACAAUCAAAUAUUUACAUGAAGGCGCAACACUACUUUUUUCCUAUAAUUUCUAAUGUAUUUGGACGGCUACAAAUUGAUUUCGUGUGAGGGGGAGUGAGAUAAAUAAGUUUAAAGUGUUGCUAGACAUGGAAUUGAAUGAGGAUUCAAUUGAGAAUUUUAUGGCGAGCAAAGUGUAAUUUUAUGUGCAUAAGAAGUGGAUGUUUUCUAACUCUUACCCCCCAUAGAACCAGAAAAUAGGAAGUGCGAAGGAAACGUAAAGCAUUUUAUUCCAAUUGCUUCAACUCCGUGUGUGAGCUAUUAAAUUAAUCAUCAUGGAAUUCAGGAUGUGCAAAAUGAUCCCUAAUUUGUUGCUGCUGCUCUCAUGCUUAGGCACAAUCAGUGCCACUCCUUUAAUCAUCACUCUCAUGGAUUCUAAUAAUAACACAAUUCAUGGGAAUCAUCUGGAGAGUCUCACGAGGGAAGAUACUAUCCUCCUGGAUCCAGAUACUCCACCUACAUUCGGGACUCCAAAUGGAACAGUAAUCACUGCCCAAGUUGGAGCCACGGCUUUCCUACCAUGUACAGUACACUCCAAAAUCGAAUGGAAGAUGGUCGUCUGGAUUCACUGGGGAGUCAAUGAUGAGCCCCAAAUACUCUCUGUUGGCUCCUACAUCUAUACGGCCAACAUGCGUGUUCAGGUGCAACAUGAGGACAACAGUGAGGAUUGGCCUCUCAGGAUCAAAUCUGUGACAAUGAGAGACGCUGGAUUGUACGAGUGCCAAGUAUCCCUUCAUCCACCCCAAUCGAUUUUCAUCAAUCUCACGGUUUCGGAGGCCCAAACGGAAAUUGAUGGCCCAGCUCUCAAGUACGUCCAGCUGAAUUCUCCAAUUCGUCUCCACUGCCACUUGGUGAACAACACGGUGAAAUUUGAGUUCUUGUUCUGGUAUCACAAUGAGCGAAUGAUAAAUUACGACAAGAACAAUGGCAUUAAUAUUACAAUGGGUGUGGAGUCCAACUACUCGGACUUGAUAAUCCAUCACGCACAAACGGAUCAUUCUGGGAAUUAUACGUGUGCUCCCUCCAACAUGCGACCUGCCAGUGUCGUGGUUGUUGUUCUUCAGACAUCCGAAGGGGACAGUCCCGCGGCAAUUUACGGGAGAGGUGGUACGAGUUGGAGCAGAAGACUCCUUCUGUAUUCCUUGCUCCUGCCAUUGGUGCAUCUCACCUCAUGACGGCACAAUCAACAGCAGCCGUACUGUAAUUGCGACAGUGCAAAUAAAUUUUCUGAAAAUAUCCCCACGA